CCACCACGCCCUCCCGUCUAUAAGUGCUCCCCUGCCCACCCUAAGAGCCACUCUGUCCUGAGAACCUCACAGGAUGCUGGGCCUCACUGUCCUGGCCGCCCUGCUGGUCUGCGCCUCCAGCUGCGGGGUCCCCACCUAUCUGCCUAACCUCUCAGCCCGGGUGGUAGGAGGAGAGAAUGCCAGACCUCACAGCUGGCCCUGGCAGAUCUCCCUCCAGUACCUCAAGGACGACACAUGGAGACACACGUGCGGAGGUACCCUGAUUGCCAGCAACUAUGUGCUCACAGCCGCCCACUGCAUCAGCAAUAGCCGGACCUACCGCGUGGCCCUGGGCAAGAACAACCUGGUGGUGGACGAUGAAGAAGGCUCUGUGUUCGCCGCUGUGGACACCAUCUUCGUCCAUGAGAACUGGAACUCCUUCCUGGUGCGCAACGACAUCGCCCUCAUCAAGCUGGCGGACCAUGUGGAGCUGAGUGACACCAUCCAGGUGGCGUGCCUGCCAGAGGAGGGCUCCCUGCUGCCUCAGGACUACGCCUGCUACGUCACCGGCUGGGGCCGCCUGUGGACCAACGGCCCCAUUGCAGACGAGCUGCAACAGGGCCUGCAACCCGUGGUGGACCACGCCACCUGCACCCAGAAGGACUGGUGGGGCACCAUGGUGAGAGACACCAUGGUGUGUGCGGGAGGCGAUGGCGUCAUCUCAGCCUGCAACGGGGACUCCGGUGGCCCGCUGAACUGCCAGACUGAGAAUGGUUCCUGGGAGGUGCGGGGUAUCGUCAGCUUCGGCUCUGGGCUGGGCUGCAACACCCACAAGAAGCCCACAGUCUUCACCCGCGUGUCCGCCUACAUUGACUGGAUCACUGAGAAAAUGCAGCUGUAAUUCAUCUCCAUCUGGGGCCAGGACGAUGAAUCCUCACAACGAUAAUAAACCUUCCUUCUCACAAA